AUGGCUUCAUCUUCAACAAAUACAGCCACAGCGUCAACACCGCCAACAACGAAUAAUACCGCACCACUUCAACCAAUCCGUCAAAUGCUUCUACUUCCACCUGCUGCACGACCACCUGAAUUUGAAAAUCCAUUGGAAAAAAUUGAACAAUUGCUAACAUGUCCAAUUUGCUUGGAUCGUUACAAACAACCGAAAUUAUUACCAUGUCAUCAUACAUUUUGUUUACCAUGUUUGGAUAAUUGCGUUGAUUUGGUUCAUCGUGUGCUCAAAUGUCCGGAAUGUCGAGCGGAACAUCCGGUACCAUAUGAAGGUGUCAAAAAUUUUCAAUCUAACUAUACCCUUACAGGUUUUUUGGAUAUACAUUUACAAGCAACAGAUGAUAAUGCUGCACAAUUAGAAGCAUAUAUUCAAAGGUAUAAUUUGGAACGAUGUAAAAUUUGUGAAGAAAAAGCUAUAUUAGACAUUUGCGCUCAUUGUGAAAAACGCGCAUGCAGUGAUUGUCGUGCAACACAUUUGGAAAUGUUAAAACGUGACCUAACAAGAGUACUCAAUCAGGUUAAACGUUUAUCAAAUCGAAUCACGGAAGCAUCUGAUGGCUUAAGUAAGGGAGCUGAGUUGUUAACAUUGAAUUGUGAAACUGCAAAAGAUGAGGUCAAAGAAUAUUUUCGUCGUUAUUAUCGAGAAUUAAAAAAACGCGAAGAAAUGUUUAUCGAAGAAAUCGAAACAUUUAAUGCAACCGAAACUCGACUUAUGCGUAAUUUACGCGAUGUACUUGAAAUCGAAAGUUCGAAUAUGAGCGAAGGCUGUGCAUAUUUGGAAGCAGCAUUGAAAGGUGAACGAGAAGUGCAAGACUUUGAAUUGGUGAAAUUAAAGAAUGUCUUCUCGGAUGGAUUGGAAUAUUUGAGAAAUUUUCAACCUGAUGCCGACGAACUUUUCUCAAAAAAGUUACGCUUUUCACCUGGUGAUGAUGCUUCAAAGCUACCAACAGCUAUUGCUAGUUUUGGUGAACUUACCGUUAUGCUACCCCAAUUUGCUGGACGUUAUCUUCCAUUGGAACAAUCCUAUCUACCACGUCCGAUGAAAAUUGGUUACGAAUCGGAUAGUUAUAAGUAUGCCAGUAAACGGAUGACUGAUUUGGAAGAAGGAGGUGGACGUCCCCAAAAUGAUUUUCGCGGUACGUCGGGUCGUUACGGAAUGCGUAUUAAUGCUGGUGAAGAGGAUAUGAUGUCAAUUCGAUAUCGUCGUCGACAACAGAUGGAAGAAGAAGCAUGGAAUCGAUUAAGAGUGGAAAAAUUUGACAAUUCUAGUCAAUUACUAGGUGGUAGUAAUAAUAGUGGAAGUGUCACUAGUAGUGUCACUUGUCAUAAACCGGGAAAUAGUCCAUGGAGUCGUACCGUAGUUGGAAAUGGUAUGAGCCCAUCUACUGCUACGACAAAUGCUAGCACGAAAAAUGAUUUAACAGUCGCAACUGCAAAAGUUAUCACUGAUAGCUUAUCACCAGAUAAUGCUAUUAGCAAUAGUUCAAGACAAAAUGGCAUUAUCAAUGAUAACAAUAAUUCAGUUAAAAAAUUUUUAGUUGUUCCCAAAGGUGUGGUAUUAAAUGAAGGUCAAUCUACCACCGAAUCGAUUGCUACCGUAGCCAAGAAUCAAUCAACAACUGAACUUAGACAAACGGAUGCUAAUCAAACAAGUGGUACCAAAGUUUUAUUACACAAUUCAAGAAAUACUUUAAAUCAAUCAAAACAAUUAUUAAAUGAUUCUGCUGAUCAUACAACAGCAACACAAUCACAAUCUCAUAAAUCGACUACAAAUCAAAGUCAUAUACCAUUACCAUUAUCAACAAAUAAUUAUCAUGAUGAAAAUAAUCAUCAAAAAUCAUCAUCAGCAUUAAAAUUAACAAAGAAACCACCAUUACCACGACAAAUAUCAAAUGAUGAUACAAGUUUAAAUGAAAAAAUUGAAAAUAUUCGUACAGCACAUGAAAUGCGUCGUGCUAAUCGAAUGCAAAAACAAUUGGUACCUUUAAGUGGUACUGCUCACAACAAUGGUAGUAGUAGUAGCAAUCCGGAUGCUAAUACAAGUGAUGAAAGUGAAUGCGAGAAUGAACCAAUUCAGCAAAAACAAACAAAUAAUCGUUUUCGAAUUAUUUGUCGUAGUGCUUCUGAAUCCAAAGAAUCGAUGAAUCAUCAUCAACAACGUUUAUCCGAUUCAACAUCACUCUCAUCAACAUCUCAGGAAGCAUUUCUAGCAAGUGAAAACACUGAAGGAUCAUCAUUACCAAUUCCGGUUACGCAUUAUCCAGGUGAGCAGUUACCAUCCUGGUUAUUAAGACGUCGACAACGUUAUCAACGUUCCAAGACAAAUCCUGAUUUAAUUUCUGUGCUAACUGCUUUAAAUGGUCAACAAAGUAAUUUAGCAAGUUUAGCAUUUUCCUCUACUGAUGGUACUAGUAAUAGUACUAGUUCUAAUACUACUACCAGUCAAGUACCACAAUCAUCAAGCAGUCGAGUUCAGCAACUUCUUCUGGAACGAUCUAAUCGUUUAGCUGGUGGUAGCAGUCAAUUACUACGUCAAGAUAGUGAUAACAAUGGUGGUGAUAUGAUAACGAUGACACCUGCUUCUUCCUUAUUAAAUCAGGAUCGUCGUUUACGUUUACGUAAACGAUCAAGUAUUGCUUUAGAUGCUGAAAGCAUAUAUGAUUGUCGUCUAUUACAUGCACCACGUUUCAUCUGUACUGUUGAUUAUUUGGCAAAAGGCAAACCAAAAUUGGUAUUUGGUAAAAAAGGUUCCAAAGAAGGUGAACUUAAUUGGCCACGUGGUCUUGCUAUUUUAGGCGGUAAUGAAUUUGCUGUCUGUGAUAGUAGCAAUCAUCGUGUUUGCAUAUUUAAUACGGGUGGACGUUUGUUAAAAAUGUUUGGAAAAUAUGGCACAGGUGAUGCACAAUUAGAUAGUGCUGCUGGUAUAUGCUAUAGUCGUUAUAAGCAUUUAAUUGUUUCCGAUCGUUAUAAUCAUCGAAUUAUGAUUUUUGAUCAAGAUGGACAUUGUGUGAGAAAAUUUGGUGGACAUGGUCCAUCUAAUGGUCGUUUCAACAAUCCAUGGGGUGUAGCUGUGGAUGAUAUGGGAAUGAUCUACGUUGUGGAUAAGGACAAUCAUCGUGUCCAAAUGUUCGAUAGCAAAGGACAAUUUGCUGGCAAAUUUGGUACAAUGGGCCCAGGAAUUAGCCAAUUCCAUCAUCCACAAUUUAUUGCUGUUAAUAAACGAACACAUAAUAUUUAUGUAACAGACAGUUCGAAUCAUCGAGUUUGCAUCUUUGAUCACAAUGGCAAUCCAAUUUUUCAAUUUGGUUCCGAAGGAUUUCAAAACGGCCAAAUGAAAUUCCCACGUGGAAUCGCUGUUGAUGAUCAGGGUUUCAUCAUUGUAGCUGAUAGUGGUAACAAUCGUGUGCAAAUUUUCUAUCCAAAUGGUCGUUAUAUGCAUAGUUUUGGUACCUGGGGUAAUGCACCUGGACAAUUGAAAGGUGUCGAAGCGGUUGCACUCAUUGAUACCACAAUUGUUGUUUCCGAUCGUGAAAAUCAUCGUAUACAAUUGUUUUAG